AUGGGUGAGAUCGAGGAGGGAAUUCGAAAGCUCCAUGCGAAUGCGGUCUUGGCACAAGAUAUCCUUCACUACGCAGUCCUCUUUGCUGAGAUUGCAGAUGCAUACUUUGAGAGGGAGAUGCACGCAGAGUUGAAGCCUAUCUACGAGCUCCUUAUUUAUAUUCUCUUACAAACAGCCGCAUGCAUGAAGAUGCUCGAAGAACUUUGUGAAGCUGCAGAAGUAGUCUACGAACACAUCCGACAGGCUGAUCCUAUGCACAAUGAUGUGACUCGACGCCUCCAAGUCAUCGACUCCCGCAAAAGCGUGCAAAAGCACCGGCGACCCAAAGAACGUAUUGCCAUGUCCAAAGCUAACGCUGUCCGUGUCCAGAGCCGACUAACGCACCUGCAGCUUAGCUCGAGGCGGCCAAGGAGAAAGAGGAAGAAGCAGAAGGUCGAGAUGGAAGCUGAUGAAGAUCGGAUGGUGUCGAGGUUGCGGCUUGACUUGGAAUGUGAUAGCAUGUCGAGGAAGGUGACCAAGGGAGACACGCAGAUCGGCAAAUUUAAAGUGGAUGUAUUUCGAGAGAUUUCGUUCGAUGACUGGUUGAAGUUGUUCAUGCAGAUGAAAUCCUCCGAUAUAUCAAUGUCUCAAACACAUAUCAAGAUCGUGAGCGACAGGACUAUUCGACUAGCAAUCAUCACUUGUGGUCUGGCUGCAGGCCAACACACCGCUGUCGUUGAACAAGCACACAAACUCAUCACCGUACACCAGUUCAACAACGAGCCACUCCGAAUCCUCGUGGCUUGCCUAUCAAGUGGCCUCCGCCCCACAGAUUCUUUCAUCACUUCCACGCUUCAAAAGCAUCUGUUUAAUGAAAUGAAGUUGGCGGAUACGGCUGUGAAGAGCCCAGAAGUGCUGAAUGGUAUGCACCCACUGCACAGAGCGGGAAAGCGGAGGAUGGAGGAUGGGGAUGAUGGAGUGCCGGACCAGGGUGGUGAUCAGGCGAGUGGGGCGACAGCUACGGCUGGGAGCCUCAAUGUCCCUGAUAUACUGACGAAGCAUAACUCGGUUAUUGUGGCUAUCUAUGGCCAAAUUUGCAUUGCUACGAAGAGCUAUCAGAGUGCUAUUUUCUAUCUGUUGCAUGCAUACGAUUAUUGCCCCGACGAUCCGAUGAUAUGCCUGUGCUUGGCCAUAGCUUCCAUUGGUAGGGCGAUGCAACGUCAGUCAGAUAACCGACAUCAUCUUGUUACACAGGCCAUGGCGUUCCUAACGCAGUAUCGCAGUCUGCGAGGAAGAGGCAUGCAGAGUGUACGGGAAGUGGAAUACAACUUUUCCAGGACUUUCCAUCAGCUUGGUCCAUCUCAUCCUCCUGUUGUUCAUUACAAGAAUGUUCUUGAACUUGCAGAGAAGAACAAUGUACACCUCCCCCUACUUCCCUGCAUGAUCAAUGACUGUAUCGUAACAGGACGCAAACAGGACGACCUCUUCACCAAAGAGACCGCAUACAACUUAUCCCUGAUCUUUGUCUUCACUGACGCCACUCACCUGGCGAAUGCUUUGUAUCGUCGAUGGCUCUCAACAUGA